GCUUAGCAAAGUGCCUAGCACAUAGUAGGUGCUUAUUAAAUGUCUAUUGACUGACUACAAGAAUAUAACUUAUCUGUGAGACAGAACAUUUCUUAUUAGGAAGAUUGGUGCCCAGAGGCUGAGAGAGACCCAGAAAGACUGUAAUCCCAGAAACUCAAAUGUCAUUUGGGGUCUCUGAGACCCCUUUCAGGGGGUCUUUUUCACAAGGGAUCAAUAGAACUUAAUUUAAAUAAACAUUUGUGCUCUAUACAAGGUCAAAAGUAUUUUAAUAAUAAUACUGUUUUCAUUUUGAAUAAAGUAAAUAUAAGAUGUACCUGAGGCAGCUCAAACUGGCAAAGUAAAUUGUUGAUUUUAGUGUGACCACUUACACUUCAGAAAUCUCUGAAUACUACAAAUUGAGGCUUGAUUUAUCAUUUUUGUUGAUUAUCUAGACAUUAGGACAAUGAUAAAACAAAUGUUAACUAUUCAGAUUAAACUUAAGGCUGUUACUUUUUUUUUUCCUUUUGGAGAGCUAAUUGUCAAAUAAUUACCAGCACACCAUUGGAUAUAACCUACAUUUUUUUAUAAAGCUCAAUAAAAGGGUCUUAAAGGGAUCCAGAGAUCAAUGAAAUAGAGAACCAUUGUCCUAGACUAAGCCUUAACCCAGGAAAUAGAGAAGGGAGACAGCAAGGUCCUCGAUGGGUUCUAUGAUCUCAGUAGCUUCUGGGUGGGCGUGGCUUGAAUGCUGAGAGGGUAUUUGUCAUCAGAAUUACAAGGUGGCUGAUUAUUUGCCAAGUGCCUCUUGUCUAUGGCAGAAGGGAGAAUUAGAAGAGGACUGAAAUUUUGGAGGAGACAGUUUACUUCUGACACUGCUCCUAGACUCAGAGCUGUGAAGACAGGUGAAACAUAAAACACCUUUGUCCAUGCCAGAAGUGGGGAUUGGACACUGAACAGCACAUCAGCAAUUAGAGAAUGAGGGCCAGGCAGUGACUCUGCAAUUUACUAAAGGAAUGAUUAACACCUUCUGGAAAAACAGAAAGAAACCAAAGUGUUAACAUGAUUCCCUGGUCCUAAACUUUUCUUCUCAACUGGUUUAUCAGUUUUCAUUAUCAUCAUCACCAUCACUAUAACCAUUAUCAUAUUCAUCAUCAAUGGCAUCAUUAUCCCGAUCAUCUGUAUCCCCAAAAUCACCAUCUUCAUUACUAUCACUGUCGUCAUCUCUGUUACUAAACUCAUCCUCACCAGCAGCAGCUUUACCUACAAUGCAUUCACCAAGAUCAUCUUCACCUGCACAAUCACCCACAUCAACCCCAUCAUCUUCAUCUCCAAGCCUGUCAUCCCUUUCAACUCCACCAUCCCCAUGUUCACCACCAUCAACCCCAGCACUGUCAUGUUUUUUACCCCCACAAACCCUAUCUUCACCCCUUUCAACUCCCUCACUAUCACCCACUUUACUCUCACCAUGCCCAUCUUCUCCCCCAUCAACAGCCUCACUAUCCCCAUCCUUAUCCUCAGCAUCUUCACUUCCGUCAACCACCUCACCAUUACCUUCUUUACCCUCACCAUGCCCAUCUUCACCUUCAUCAGCCCCCUCACUAUUCCCUUCUUUACCCUCACCAAAUCCAUCUUCACCUCCAUCAACCUCCUCACCAUUCCCAUCUUCACCUCCAUCAACCCCCUCACCAUCACCCUCUUUACCCUCACCAUUCCCAACUUCACCCCCAUCAACCUCCUCACAAUCACCCUCUUCACCCCCAUUGUCCCCUCCUUUAUCUCAAUAUCCAUCUUCCCCCCUAGUCUCACUCUCUUCACUCCCAUCAUCUUCCUCAUCUCUAUCAUCUCCACCUUGUUCCCCUCUAUUAUCCUCAAAAAUACCAUCUCCAUCUCAAGCACCAGAGACUGCACAGGUAUCACUAUCACAAACAUCACUAUCAUCCGUAUCUUUUUCAUCAUCAUCAUCAUCAACAUCACCACCAUUGCCACCAUCAUCACCUUCACCACCACCACCACCACCACCCUCACCACCACCCUCACCACCACCCUCACCACCACCCUCACCACCUCCAUCUUUAUUCCCAUCAUACCCAGCAGCAGCAGAGUCACAGACGUUAUUGCCCUCUUUCUCAUCAUUAGAAGUAUCAAGUGUACCAUCAUUACAAUCAUUACCCUCACCACCAGCACUUCCAGGAUUAAAACUGUCAUUGACACCAUCACCCCCCUCACAGUUACCACCACCAGUGCCACAACCAGCAUUACCUUUACCAUCACCAGCAUCGCCACCUGAGCAUAAGCACCAUUAUCAUCGAACUCACCAUCCCCAUCAAAGACAUCAUUAUCACCAUUGCCUUCAUCACCUUAAGGGUCAUCACCAGCAACAACAUCCCCAUCAAAGACGUCAUCUCCAUCAACAUCGACAUCACCUUACCUGUCAUAACCACCAACACAGACAUCGAACUUGUCCUAAAAUUUCACCAUCAAUAUUACUCCCUGACCAUAAGAAACACAGAAAAGUUGCAUGGUAGCUCUCUUAUAAUCUGUAUUAUUAGACUUCCAUCUUUGGAGACUAAUGGAAAUCAGGCUUUGGAAUGGAUGGACCUUGGGCAGCAGAUUUAUAAGAAAUGAAAAGGAUUCUCUUUCUUCUCUAUCUCUCCUCAGUAUGUUUUUCUCAGCUUCAUUGCUGAGGGUAAGGUGGAAAGCAGAACAGUCAUAGUGAAUUAGUGUAUUACCUAAGGGAAAUGCUAAAGUAAGGGAAGCAAAGGAAGCAGAAAGGAGCCACUGAACCUGAUGACUACUGAAAAGAAGGUUGAUAUAGUUGGUCUAAGUCAGCUUCCUCUCUCCAGUGAUGUGUUAAUCCUAAACUUGACUCAUACCUAUUGAAGAAUACUUCAUUUAGGUGGCCACUGACACUCAAACAAGCAUGUAAUUGUCUGGAAUUCCUGCCUGCCUUUGAAAAGCUCUCUUAUCUAUUUGAAGACUAUGCAGCCUAACUCACCACUACAGUCAGAAGAUUGAUAUUGCAGAUUAUAGCAGGUCUGCCAGAUUUGAUGUGCUUGGAGACAUAAUGUCACAACAAAUCCUGAUACUCCAGAACACUCACAAUCAGGAUAAAAUGGGGAUGAAGUGAAUACAGCAUAUAAGUCUGACUUAAGAUAAUGUUGAGGCUGAGUCCUCAGGGAAGGUGAAUGAGACUUUGGAGGCCAUUGGUAAUUCUCAGAAACAUUCAGAAUGUGUUAACAAAUGACUUGAAAGGUGGCAACCCAAUGCAAAUGUAUCUCUUCUCAGGAACACCCAACUGGGCACUGUCUAAUAAGCAUAAAUGAGAAUCUUCCCUAUAAUUUGACCUUCACAUUAUUAAAGCUAGAAGUUGUUCAUUUCAGAUAUAGAUCUAUUUCUCCUCCCUAAACUACUAUCAUCUUUGUCUAAUAUUCUAUCCCCUUCAUACAGAUCAGCCUUUAUUCAUGUUUUGCCCCCUGAGCUGCUUCAUUGGAGAUGUCACUUUCCCUUCUCUCCACCAGUGAAAAUCCAAGUUGUCCAUCAAGGCCCAGCCCAAAUGCUACCUCCUCCAGGACCCUGCUCAUGACUACUUCAACUAUAUUAUUUCCUGCUCUUAUAUUUUGUACCACAGGAUUUAUUUGAUUUCUAUAUUAUAUUCUUUCUUCUUU